AUGGCUGCACGGAAACUCCAGCAGGAGAUCGACAAAUGCUUCAAGAAGGUCGCCGAAGGCGUCGCGACUUUCGAGAGCAUAUAUGAGAAGAUUAUGCAGACGGGCAAUCCAUCGCAGAAGGAGAAACUCGAAGACCAGCUGAAGAAGGAGAUUAAGAAGCUGCAACGAUCGCGGGACCAGAUCAAGACAUGGGCUGCCAUGUCUGAGAUCAAGGACAAGAAGCCGCUACUCGAUCACAGGAAACUCAUCGAGACACAAAUGGAGCGCUUCAAGGCCGUGGAAAAGGAGAUGAAGACAAAAGCAUAUUCCAAGGAGGGCCUCCAAUUAGCCUCCAAGAUUGACCCCAAGGACAGAGAAAAGAUGGAAGUGGUCGAAUUCCUACAACAUAUGAACGAAGAGCUCGAGCGGCAAAUAGAGACAAUUGAAGCUGAAAUCGAGACGCUGAACGCUAAUGUCAAAAAGUCAAAGAAGGGCGACAAUUCAAAGGUGGAGCGCGUGUCGGAGCUGGAAGAGUCAGUUGAGCGGAAUAAAUGGCACCAAUCCAAACUGGAGCUGCUCCAACGAGCAUUGGAGAACGGUAGCGUUGAGACGGAACAGGUCAAGGAGAUUGAGGACAGCAUCAAGUACUACGUCGAAAGCAAUCAGGACCCCGAGUUCAUGGACGACGACACAUUAUACGAUGACUUCAACCUACAAGAGGAGGAGGCCAUCUACGGUCUGGGCGAGAAUCUGGACCAUGUCUCGUCACACGAAUCGCAGUCAAUAGCCGACGAUACACCCGACACAGAAGUACGUCCACCGGCACCGAAACCAAAGGCGACCGAAGCAGUGCAACAAGGAGCAAGACGGUCGUCGACACAGAUGAAGUCGCCAUUACCAGCGCUAGCCACAUUGCAUACGCCCUCGCCUAAUGCUGCAAAUAAUACGGCAAACGCUAUGAAGCCUGCACCGAUACCAACACGAACGCCAGGAGAGCCAUUAAAGUAUGCAUCGGCUGCUGCGGCUGCAGCUGCGAGCGACAGGAACGGAGUUGGCAUUGCUCCACUGCCACCACCACCAGGAGCUGCUGCAGCCCAACCAAGUCUCGCUGCUGGCGGUGCACGUGCAAGUGCAACAAGCUCGCCCGCCAUAACACAUUCCCAACCAGCCUCACGUGCACAGCAGGCCGAAUCCGCACAGGCCUCACCUGCUCCUGCUGCCAGCGUACCUGUGGCCGCUCCUGUAGAGAAGGACCCACCUUUGCAAGCUGCAGUGUCUGAUGACGUCUCCAAGGCCAACAGAAGAACGCCUGUCCCUGAGCCAGUGGAAGAAGAGGAAUCCCAAGCUACUACGCCGCCACUGACGAACGGAGAAUCGCAUGCAGAAGAUGAAGACGAAGAGUCGGUCUACCAUCUCCCCUCCAGUCUGCAGGAUCUGCUUGAUUCGUUCGAGGCAACCAAGAAUGAUAUUUCUGCCUCAGCAUCAAAACCUCCGGAUGAGCGUAUGCUAAUGGCAUCAAUGGCUACUGCGCCCGAGUCUGCAGAUACCGAGGUGCCGCGUCACUACCGUCCCCAAAAUCCUUAUCCAUUCACCCCCGCUCACUACCCGCAAGAGCCCUUGCCCAUCUUCGACGACCCUCGUCUUUAUUCCCGCAUUGAGACGGACGCUCUCUUCUACGCCUUCUAUUACCGCCAGGGUACAUAUCAACAGUACCUAGCCGCCAAAGCAUUGAAGUCACAGAGUUGGAGAUUCCAUAAGCAGUACCAGACAUGGUUUCAACGCCACGAAGAACCAAAAGCAAUUACUGAAGACUAUGAGCAGGGAACAUACCGAUUCUUCGACUAUGAAAGCACAUGGAUGAACCGUAGAAAGGCAGACUUCCGAUUUGCGUACAAGUUUUUGGAAGACGAGCUAUAA